UGCGCCGGGAUGUGUGACGCACUGCGCAUGCGCAGUGCAAAACGACGACGCAGCCUCCGCUGAAUCCGGCAUUGCCACGGUAACUGUGCUACUUCGUUCAGCCGCACUGAUUUUUUAUUUUUAUUUAUUUUUUUCAUUUUCCUCAAAAGCCUUCCCCACGGAACAGCCAGACCGCUACCGACACAGAAAACCGAUAUGGUGAAACUGGGCAGCACUCUGGGUGAGAAGGUGGAGAGAGAGUCAUCUCUGGAGGAUGGCUUUGAUAACAUCCCUCUGAUCACGCCACUGGAGGUUAACCAGCUCCAGAAGCCAUUUCCAGAUAAGGUCAUCGUCAAAACAACCACCGAGUAUCAGCUGCAGAAGAAGCAAAAGAAGAAACUGUACAUGCCAAGCAUUAAGAAGUUGAACAUUAACCUUUAUGACGAGGUGUCAGAGAAGGUCAAGCUCACAGGACUUAUUCUUAUCACCUUGGCAUUCCUUGCAUGUCUGCUACUGCUGGUUAUGUAUAAAGCUCUGUGGUAUGACCAGCUUAGCUGCCCUGAGGGAUUCAUCCUCAAGCAUAAGCACUGCACCCCGGCCGCGCUGGAGAUGUACUACCCGGAGCAGGAUGCAGGCUCGAGGGGAAGCCUGUACACCGCCAUCAGCCAUCUGAAUCCAGCUAAGAAGGCUCUCCCUGAGCUCUCAUCUCCCUGGCUGCCUGUCAUCAAUGCCAUGAAGGAAUCCCAGAAGGCCAAGGGGGAGGCGAGCCACUCCCAGCAGUGAGGGCUGGAGAGAGGGGAUGGUGGAGGAGGAGCUAUGACAGAGAGGUUAUGUGUAUGUUUGUUUGAGUGAAAGAGGAAGUACAGUGUUUAGAGGAAGUGUGUGUGUGUGUGUGUGUGUGUGUGUGUGUGUGUGUGUGUGUGUGUGUGCUGAUGUUGCCUCUAUCUAUGUCCUAAGCAUCCAGGCAUUCAGACAACAUCAGAUAUGUCUUUAAUAGGCUGAGAGGAGCUCCCAAGCCGAGAAGCCUGACAAAGUCAGCAGAUCUCUCUACCUUACUCAUACUUGACAAUACAAACACUAUCAGUUCUUCAGAAACUGUCUCGCUAUAUUAACUCAAAUGUAGAUAUUAGCAACUCGUUCUUUAGAUUCAUAACUUCAUGUUCUUUGACUCAUUGUGCUGUUGUGGCUUCAUUCGUUUUGUGCUUUUCACCAUUUCCACGUUAAUUAGCUCUCGCUCGGUUUAUGGUGAAAGUAAUUUAGCUUAGCAGAACAACCCAUGCAUGGUGUGUAAAAUGUGCUCUCAAAAAACCUAAGGUGCAACAGGAAAAAAACAGCAUUCAUACGAUAAAAACAGUUUCAAUCACAGUUAAGUCUGAAUCAUAAUCUAUACAUUUUUCUCCUUAAUAAAUCUCGCUAAAACAUGUGAUCUGUCAAUAAAAUAUAAUAAAACUAGCAAGCCAUGUUUUGCUUUAUGCAUAGACAUACUUUAUACCCAUGUAGAGAUUGCUGUAUAAUCACUGGCUGUUUACAUGAAAAUGAAAAAUUGCUGAAUGUAAUGUGAAAUACAAGUGAACAGGAUUUUUGAUAUGUAUUUAACACUUCAUGUAUCGUGAUUAUUUUUUUUUCGUUUGUCUGAAUGGAAUUAAAUUUGUGCCAAAAGUAUUGAACGUA